GACACUGCUAAUACUUGAGCUCUUCCGGUGGCUACUGUGUUUGUAAUCUCCUGCUGACUCCUGUGUUGCAUGUAAAAAUCGGUCCGGGCAUCGCUUUUCGAGGGCCACUUGUAACGCCGACUAUGAAAAACAAGCAUAUCUGGAUGUGAUCGUCCAAGAAACAACAGGCCGGAGGUGGCGUCUGGAUGGAGUCAGCUCCUGAGGUUUCAUUUCUCUUUUCACACCUGGGAAGUGGCUGCAUGUCUCACAGCCGUUCUCAUCGCCAAGAGAAUGGUCAAGUACUUCUGCAGUAAGGUGGACAUCAACAGCACCUGGGAACAAGUUGCCUCUGCUUUCUGGCAGAGGUAUCCGAAUCCGUUCAGCACUCAUGUUCUCACCGAGGAUGUGGUGUACCGGGAGGUGACGGCGGACAACAGGCUUCUCUCCAGACGCCUCCUGAUGAAGACCAACCGGCUCCCCCGCUGGGCUGAGCGCUUCUUUCCCUCCGGCAUGUCUCGCUCUGUUUACAUCAUCGAGGACUCCAUUGUCGACCCUGUGAACCGGAGCCUGACCACCUACACCUGGAACCUCAACCACACAACCCUCAUGUCAGUUGAGGAACGUUGUGUUUUCCAAGAUGCAGAGGAUCAACCCGCCACCACUCGACUGAAACGGGAAGCUUGGAUCUCCUCCGGCAUCUAUGGCUUCUCCAGGCCCAUCCAGGAGUUCGGCCUGGCGCGGUUCAAGAGCAACCAGGCGAAGGCCAUGCGAGGCCUGGAGUUCGCUCUGUCCAACCUGCAGGAAAUCAGCCUCAGACUGAGUGUCAUGGACCGACGUCCCCGCGGCUGCUCAGAGACUCGGUGAAGGACGCGGCCAAGACCCUCCGCGCCUCCGCUCCGCAGAAGCCUGCGCAGUUCGUCUGAAGCUCGCCGGCGUCACGUCCGAGGUUUCUGCUCUCAUUCCGCCUCUGUGUUGUUUUUCUUAUGCUCAGAUUCCGACCGAGCAAUCUGUGUGAGAGUCUGUGUGAGAGUCAGAAAGAGAGGAGCACCUUCUUCUUUUGAACUUCAAUCGCUUUCGUUUUGUUUUUAGCUAAUUAAAUGUUCUGACUUUUACACUGGAAGUGACCCACCUACUUUUCAUUUCCAUGAACGUACUGGAGUGUCUCUGCCUGAUCAUGUGACGCGUGUGUUCUUAUUUAAUAUUUAAAAUAACAUAGUUUAUGUUCAUUCGUGUUUUCACGGAACCAUGUAUGGACUUAGACUGAUGCUUUCUCGGUUGUGCAUGUCUGAAGCGACCAUGUGACCAAAGUCUACCUAACUCUAGCUCUCGCAGGCGGCUGGUGCUCUGACUGGUUCUCCAGCUGCGGGGUUAUAGUGCGUGUGGGCGCCCUCAGUCGGUCGUGAAUCAUUUCUGUGAGAUUUUUAUUAUUGCGCAGAAAGAAUAUUUCUCUUGCAUAAAAUAAAACGAUUACGAUUUUCAGUGACACUUUUACAUUACAGGCUCUGUGUGUGAUGUGAGUUUCAUGAAGUGUCUGAUAUUUCUAAAGUUUGAUUCAAGUCAAAUGAGAUCAGAAUCUAUUAAUAAAGAAUCGUUUUAGAACUGGUCAUAGAAGUUUAUUUCUUCUUGUUUAAGCAAUGAAUGCUAUGCGCUAGUUCCAUGUUGUCGAGUGUCUAACAAAUUGAUUCAUUUUGGGCUGUUACUGUUAAUAGCCAAUAUUUGAUAUUGUUCGUUUUAUUUGUUAGAGUUGUUAUAGUUAAAUUUGUAAUAGUUAAAUUCAAAAUUGAAAGAUGUUUUUUUAAAUGGUGGACUUGAUAGUGUAUAUAUCUUUAUAUUUGUUAGAAUAGUUAAAUUCAACUUUUUUUUUUUAAUGGUUGAUUUAUUAUAUAUAUAUAUUCCCUGAAUAGACUUGUUGAACUAAACAU